AACACGUGACUGUGAGAGUUGAUAUCGGUUUUUAAAGCUCGGUAUUCCCGUUGCCUCGUCGGUGUUCGCGCGGCAAACAACUUGUUAUAUUUAUAAACACCGUCGGGGGGGGGCUCUAUUGUUAAUUGCCUCGCGGCAAUUAGCAAUCAAACAGCACACUCGGAAACGAAACAAUGACGGAAUCGCCCGCACCUUCGGCCAGCAACACGCAAACGCAGACGCAAACCACGAGCCACGCUCAAGCGCAAGAUGACAAGAACGAGAAAACGGUAAAAGUGAUUUUUCUGCAAAUACGGGAUAUCAAUAACCAAGUGGCGCAAUUCCGCGACUUGCUGAUAAAUAUCGGACAACCACGAGACUGUCCGGAACUGCGGGAAAAAAUUCGAAGAUUGCGUCGGAAUUGCGUCGAGGCGUGCAAAAGCACGUCUGAGCUCAUACUGCCACAAGUACGAAGGACUACGGACAUCGGGAUCCCAGUGGACUGUCCGAAUUUGAUGCUUCUGUUCUACGUCAUUCAACUAUUCCUACGCGAGCUCUGCAAAAGUAAAAAUCUUAUCCGUCUGGUGCCCAUGGACAUGACUGAAUAUUACGAAUCUCGAACUGGCCCGUCCAAGAUCGGCAACGCGAUCUCGCAGAUUGUUCUGUGCGCGCAAAUUACACCGAACUUCUACGAGGAGGAGCUGUGCAGCAUCAAAAAGGAUUCCGAGGAAAUUCGAGAUCUGAUCAACGAACUGCAAGAGUUUAUGCCCCAGUCGGACGGCGAUAUAGAGAAAUACGCGGCACUGCAGAAUCUCGGAAGCAAGGGGACCCGAACCAACGGCAAACGAGCACAUCGACGAAAUCAAAGCAACGACAGACCUAGUAGAUCCGCUAGACAAUCGUCCUACUUCCGCGGUGCUUUGAAUCUCUUCUGCUGCGCCGCGAGAACCAAUUAUGUUUAAAUUAAUCAAACGCGUACGUCUGUCCGCCAAAAGGAGGUGAAUCUUGUUUCUUCGACGCACGGACAAAACGUUUGUACGCGUGUGCUCAACUUGCAAAUAAAACCAAUCGACAAGUUGCUGGCACAAGUAAGAACAGACUCUGCGGAAGAGUUUCGUCGAGCCUCCUUUUGUCGACUGGGGA